AUGCGAAAGACCCCGUCACCACUGCUAGCAACGUCGGAUCGGACGAAAACUGCAAAUUUCUCGUUGAUAAGGAAUGCUCUGAGGCACAUGAAAGAAGGAAGUGCCAUCAUUAAAGCAACCUCGGUUUCCGCCUACGUCGGCAGUCCAGUGUUGCUGGACUACAUCUCAACCAAGGGAGCAAUUGUGGCUUUCACCAGGAGUCUAGCACUUCAGCUGUUGGAUAAAGGAAUUCGCGUCAAUGGCGUUGCCCCUGGAUCCGUCCGAGCUCGACUACAGCCGACAUCCAUGCCCGAGGACAUGGCUGCAAACUAA